CCCUCCGUCCCCUCUCUCCGCUUCUCACGCAUCGCCUCAGAUAGCCCGACUUUCUCCGCUUAGAGCUCAGUGGAGAAAUGAUAGAGGAGAAGUAUAUCGGCCUGGGGUUGGCUUUAGGGGGCACUUUUCUCAUAGGCUCGAGUUUCAUCAUAACCAAAAAGGGAUUGAACGAUGCUGCGAGCAGGGGAAAUGACUAUCCUCACUCUCACCAAAGACAGAAUGCCACUCGGAAUGCUUCCGAUGACUUGGCAUAUCUACAAAAUCCUAUUUGGUGGGCUGGGAUGAUCACCAUGGUGGUGGGGGAACUGGCAAACUUUGCGGCCUAUACAUUUGCCCCUGCCAUCCUUGUCACACCUUUGGGAGCUAUGAGUGUCAUCAUAGGCGCUAUUCUGGCAUCUUUCCUGUUGGAUGAAAAGCUCGGGAGAUUAGGGGUUUGUGGCUGUGCCAGCUGUGUGAUUGGAACCGUUAUCAUCGUUCUCCAUGCGCCGUCUGACAAAGAAGUUACCACAGUGGAUGAAAUAUUGGAUUAUGCCGCAAGACCAGCCUUUUUGAUUUAUAUCAUCUUUGUGGUCGUAUUCUGUGUUUAUAUGAUAUAUCGCGUUGUUCCUGUAUAUGGUAACAAGAAUCCCAUGGUGUACAUUUCUAUCUGCUCUUUGUCAGGCAGUGUUUCAGUUAUGGCCAUCAAGGGCUUCGGAGUUGCUCUCAAGCUCACAUUCGCUGGCAACAACCAGCUCACUCAUAUCAGUACCUACGUUUUCGGCAUCGUUACUCUGGGUUGCAUUUUGAUACAAAUGAACUUCUUCAACCGAGCUCUCGACACCUUCUCCACCAAUGUCGUCAAUCCCAUCUACUACGUUUUCUUUACCACAGCCACCAUUAUAGCAUCUGCCAUUCUGUUCCAAGGUUUCAACACCCCCGGUGGGGUCAACACCAUUUCUCUCAUAUGCGGAUUUCUGGUCAUUUUCAUGGGUGUUUAUCUCCUCAAUAUUUCUAGAGAACCGGAAAAACCACAUGUGCAUGAUUCAUUAGAGACCGGCUUGAUGAACCCCCGAAUGUCCAUGUCAGGUCGACCAUCCCUCGAUUCAAACGGUCCAUCAGCAUGGAAUUAUAAUCCCGUUCCUUCUUCUUACGCACCUGACGGUACUAUACUUUCCGCCGGACAUGGACGAAGAUCUUCCCUCUAUCGAGCUCAAAAUUCCACCCUUUUCUCCGCUUUCGAAGAAGACAACGCCAUGGCGUUGAGUGAUUUACCAGAAGAAGACGAGUCUGAUGAUGGUGAGAGAACGGCUAGAAAUGGGAGCAGUCCAGCUCCUGUCAAUCGACAACCGAGAAGUCUGUUAGUCAGGGGGAGUAGAGAUGGGAGACAUCCUGCGUAUCAGGAUACGCCUGGUGGUGGAUGACAAGAUUGUAAGAAGGCAUAGUUGAGUAGUCCAUUUGGGCGUUCUUGGAGUAGAGAAGGGACGAUUUAGGGUUGUAUAUAUAUACAUACCCUGCAUGAUGGACAAACAAUUGAUGCAUGAGAUAAAACACC